CUCUAAUCUUGUUUGCCUCUGCAGAGCCUCAGCCUGUCUGGAAGAUGCCGAGAUCAUGCUACAGCUGGUCGGGGGCCCUGCUGCUGGCCUUGCUGCUUCAGGUCUCCAUGGAAGUGCGUGGCUGGUGCCUGGAGAGUAGCCAGUGUCAGGACCUCACCACGGAAGGCAACCUGCUGGAGUGUAUCCAGGCCUGCAAGCUCGACCUCUCGGCGGAGACGCCAGUGUUCCCUGGCAACGGCGACGAGCAGCCACUGACCGAGAACCCCCGGAAGUACGUCAUGGGCCACUUCCGCUGGGACCGCUUCGGCAGCCGCAACAGCAGUAGCGGCGCGGGGCAGAAGCGCGAGGAGGAGGUCGCGGCGGGUGAAGGCCGCGUCCCGGUGCCCGCCGGUGGCCCCGGUGCCCGCGGGGAUGGCGCCGAGCCGGGCCCGCGCGAGGGCAAGCGCUCCUACUCCAUGGAGCACUUCCGCUGGGGCAAGCCGGUGGGCAAGAAGCGGCGCCCGGUGAAGGUGUACCCCAACGGCGCCGAGGACGAGUCGGCCGAGGCCUUCCCCCUCGAGUUCAGGAGGGAGCUGGCCGGCCAGGGGCACGAAGCGGCGCUUGGCCCCGAUGACACUGCCGAGCGCGAGGCGGCGCUGGCCGACCUCGAGCACGGCCUGCUGGUGGCAGGCGAGAAGAAGGACGACGGGCCCUACAGGAUGGAGCACUUCCGCUGGGGCAGCCCGCCCAAGGACAAGCGCUACGGCGGCUUCAUGACCUCCGAGAAGACCCAGACGCCCCUGGUGACGCUGUUCAAAAACGCCAUCAUCAAGAAUGCCCAUAAGAAGGGCCAGUGAGGGCGCAGUGGGGCACAGGGCCUUCUCCUCCUGGGAAGUCGACCCUAAAGCCCCCUGCCCUCGCCCACCCUGCUGCUGCAGAUAUUCAACCUCUUAAAGCUGUCUGUAGUUAAGAAAUAAAACCUUUCAAAUUUCA